AUGAUCCUCAUAGCAUUGAUCCAUCUCUAGUUUAUCCUUACACGAUUUGAUGGUGUGUGAGGAUCCAGGGACAAUGCUUACAUUGAAAGUGGAGUUAAUAGUCUCUCGGAGCUCUCUAUGUCCAAGUUCUUAGGAGUUCGGAAGCUCCUUACAUUGUUCACAAACACACAUGUCGUUCUUUAUCAUUGACUCUCUGUUUUGUCUCUUUUUAAAAAACAAGCACUUAUCUCAACUACUUAAGAUUUCCUACUAGACUUCUUUUCCAAAAAUAGCACAUUCUGUUCAUCUGCAGUUUAUAUUUCAGUCUAAGAUUAGGUUUGAUGCUUUUUUUUAUCAAAAGGGUUUGAUGCUUAAUAAAUGUUUAGGUUGAAGAAUUAAAUCACAUUGAUGGUUGUUUGUUGGGCUAUCUAAACACAUUCAUUGCUAAGUAUUUGGAGUAAGUCUCUUGACCUAGUAAAGAUCUUCACAUGUUUAUGAAAAGAAAUACACUAAUUAUCUUGAUGCGGUUGCUUUUACCUCCUGAUGGGUUUGUGCUUUAGCCUUUGAAAGUUGCAGCAGCAAACAGGGCAUUUUUUUUUCUAUAAUGGAGAUCUGAAGGAUCAAUGACAUUAGCUACCAAAAAAUGUUUGUACAGUGUGGUUUAGUUUGUAAAAUUUAUAGAAGACAAUUAUGUAUAACUUAACCACAAUUAAAUCUGGAGUAACAGAAAUACCCACCUACCUGCCUA